AAAACUAGCAUUUAACUGCAUUCCAAAGACUCUGGUUCGGGUCCAGAGUAUCCAAAGAAAUUUUGCAGAGGGAGAGUCUUGUGUUCAAGUCAAGCUUCCGGAGAAACAUACGAAGACUUCAUUUCUUUUUCAAAAAUUUUUUCUCUUCUUUUCUGGAGAGAGAGAGAGAGUAGAUUUUCCAUUUCUGGCUUGGUUUCGUUGAGUCUGUAGCUGUGGAGAUGGUUGUGGAUCAAAGGAAUCGCAAAAUGUGAGGGAUGUUCGCCUUCGAAGGCUAUAAAUGUGAUUCUCUUUGAUACAGACGGAGACUGAGCAAAUUUCUUUAGUUCUAUUUUAAUCACAUAUGGCAUCUACGGCUAUGGCACCUGCUUCGGUAGAUGGAAGAAGUGGUGGCGAUGCAAUGCUGGUGGAUAAACUUCCGGAGGAGAUAAAUGAAAUGAAGAUUAAGGAUGAGAAAGUAGAAAAGGAAAUGGAAGCAAUGAUGGUGGAUGGAAAUGGAACUGAAACUGGACAAAUUAUUAUGACAACCAUUGGUGGUAGAAAUGGUCAACCGAAACAGACCAUUAGUUACAUGGCUGAGCGUGUUGUUGGUCAAGGUUCCUUUGGAAUUGUAUUUCAGGCUAAGUGCCUAGAAACUGGGCAAACUGUUGCAAUUAAGAAGGUCUUGCAGGAUAAGAGGUAUAAGAACCGUGAGUUGCAAACGAUGCGCCUUCUUGAUCAUCCCAAUGUUGUUUCACUCAAACACUGCUUCUUUUCAACCACUGACAAGGAGGAGCUCUAUCUCAAUUUGGUUCUUGAAUAUGUACCCGAGACUGUUUAUCGUGUAGCAAAGCAUUAUAGUAGGGCAAACCAACGUAUGCCUCUGAUUUAUGUCAAACUCUAUACAUACCAGAUCUGUAGAGCUUUGGCCUAUAUCCAUGGUGGAGUUGGAGUAUGCCAUAGGGAUAUUAAGCCACAGAAUCUUCUGGUUAAUCCCCAUACGCAUCAGGUCAAGCUCUGUGAUUUUGGAAGUGCAAAAGUUUUGGUCAAAGGCGAGCCAAACAUAUCCUAUAUCUGUUCUCGUUAUUAUCGUGCACCUGAGCUUAUAUUUGGGGCAACUGAAUACACAACUGCAAUUGACAUAUGGUCUGUUGGUUGUGUCCUUGCUGAAUUGCUUCUUGGACAGCCUCUCUUCCCAGGUGAGAGUGGAGUUGAUCAACUUGUUGAGAUUAUUAAGGUGCUGGGAACACCAACUAGAGAGGAGAUCAAAUGUAUGAAUCCAAACUAUACAGAGUUCAAAUUUCCCCAAAUCAAGGCACAUCCCUGGCAUAAGAUAUUCCACAAGCGCAUGCCUCCUGAAGCAGUUGAUCUUGUGUCACGACUUCUCCAGUAUUCUCCAAAUCUGAGGUGUACUGCUUUAGAGGCAUUGGUACACCCAUUUUUCGAUGAACUUCGUGAUCCUAAUGCCCGCCUCCCUAAUGGACGCCCCUUGCCUCCACUGUUUAACUUUAAAACUCAAGAGCUGAAAGGAGCAAGUACAGAGCUUCUGUCUAAGCUGUUACCAGAACAUGCUCGGAAGCAAUGCUCCUCACUGGGCUUAUAAGUUGUAAGGUUUAUGUUCAUGUGUAAGAGGAAAUUGUAUGUUGUACCAUUAGAGAACACAGUUGUUUGUUCUCAUGGAUCUUCACAAAUACGUGUAUCUUACCUAUUUAUUCUCAGACAUAAUGUUGCUCGUUACUCUUCUAAAUUUGGGAUGCUUAGAUUGGCUCUACAUCAUGAUUUACAUUAAUUUUAUCACCUCUUUACAGUUUAUUUGUUUUCACUUGAUGUACACUCGACUUGCAAAUGCUGUCAUUUCUUUCUUCCUCUGUUUUACGAAAGCUGUAUCAGGAUAAGCUAUUAGGUGCCUGGAAGAAAAAUUAUUUUAAGUG